AUACCGCUGGCUCAGGUAGUGAACAGUUGGGGGCCGCUCUUGUGUGUGUCCGCGCGCUCUCACUCUCUCUCACCGCUCUCACACACACUCUCACCUCUCCUUCACCCGGGAAGGAUACCUCGGUACCAUACACAACCAUAGAAAGUUAUCAUUAGUGAAGUGAUCACGAUGCAAGUAGUCAUAGUUGAAGUGAUCAAGCUGAUGACUAUGCGUGUGUAUAAGGCCUAACCCCGUGGGUGGAAGGUGGUGACCCAGGUUCGAGUCCCAGGUGGUGGGAGUGUGGGCCGGAGGGUCGGGGACUAUGGCGGUGCAAGUGGCAUCAGAUCAACAUGAUAAGUGAAGUGUUAUCGCGGGUGGUGGUGCUAUCGCAGGAGGUGGCCCGCUCUCUGGGGGUCAUGUGGCCCCACAAUGAGGGCCGCGAGCAUGACCUGGGGGAGUGCGCCCCCAGGUGGACUAGCCCCACGGAUAUGGCGGCUCUGGGGAGUGUUGUGUGCGUGCCCCCCUCCCCGCACUCGCGUGCGUCUCCCCUCACAAGACUCCUGCCCUCUCUCCCGCGCUGUGAUACUAGCGAUAAGGAUUGUGAUGUUGUGAGGGCUGGGUUGCCAUGUUGCUACAUGGAUGAUCUCCAUGAGGCGACGGCUCCCUCAUCUCUCACCAGACUCCACCUCCCCCUCACGGACCCCAGGUGUGAUAGUGACAAUGAUAGUGGCCUGGUCAGUUGCGGUGAUAGUGAACACACUCAUACUCACGAGGCGGGGGAUACGCCCUUACCGCCCUUCCUUUUGUGUGAUAGUGAUAUUCCAGUCCUUUCCGCCGCCCCCGUCACGGAUUCACCCGUUCCGUUCCGUCCAGACUAUGACGACGCCGUGGCACUCAGCAUGGGUCAUUUGGCACCCAAAUACCACACCCACACGCCCACAGCCUUCACCAACUACCACAGCUCGGCUGAUCACCUCCCCAACCCCUGGUCGAGGCCGCGCAGCAGCCGCUACGAGGACCAGGGCUUCGGGGAGCAGACUAGACGAGACCACUUGACCCUCAGUGACCCUCAUCAAGACCACGCGGUCUUUAGCGACCCGAGUCCCGUCUUGGACAACGACUCCAGCACCAGCUACACCAUCGUCACCCCAACCACCACGAAAGAGCGGGCAGCGGAGGUGAGGAGUAGUGGUGGGGUGGAGGAGGGGGGGGAAGAUUACCUCGGUCACGUGGAUAACUUUCAGUACCCGCCGCCACCCCCGCCACACCCCACCAACCCCUUCGAUUCCUGCUUCAAGAACUCUCUCAAUUCCAGAAGCCGACGCUUCCGACUCGGGAAGGAGGCAGAUGGAGAAUUCAAUGGCACUCACGAGAUUGAGGUGUGCGAGAUUAUGCCAGAAGGUCAUGACAAGGCGGACCCAAGCCAGUUUGAGCUCCUCAAGGUCCUUGGUCAAGGAUCCUUCGGCAAGGUUUUUCUGGUGCGAAAGAUAAGUGGGCAGGACACUGGUACUUUAUAUGCCAUGAAGGUGCUCAAGAAGGCCACACUCAAGGUGCGUGACAGAGUGCGGACCAAAAUGGAGCGUGAUAUUCUAGCCGAUGUCAAUCAUCCAUUUGUAGUGAAGCUGCAUUAUGCCUUCCAAACAGAGGGAAAACUCUACUUAAUCUUAGAUUUUUUGAGAGGCGGCGAUCUUUUCACCAGACUAUCGAAAGAGAUCAUGUUCACAGAAGAGGACGUUAAAUUUUAUUUAGCAGAGUUAGCUUUAGCAUUAGAUCAUCUUCAUUCUGUUGGUGUUAUCUACAGAGAUCUUAAACCUGAAAACAUACUUUUAGAUGCGGAUGGCCACAUAUCCCUCACAGACUUCGGUUUAUGUAAGGAGGCGCUAGAUGAUCAGAAGGCGUAUAGUUUCUGUGGCACUGUGGAAUAUAUGGCACCAGAGGUUGUUAACCGCAGGGGCCACAACACAGCCGCCGAUUGGUGGUCAUUUGGUGUUCUUUUGUUUGAAAUGUUGACGGGAGCAUUACCAUUCCAAGGUUCAAACAGGAAAGAAACUAUGACAUUAAUUCUAAAAGCUAAAUUAGGAAUGCCACCGUACCUGAGCCCUGAGGCACAGUCUCUCCUCCGGGCGCUCUUCAAGAGGAACCCAGCAAACAGAUUAGGUGCAGGUCCAGAAGGAGUAGAUGAACUAAAGCGUCACCCAUUCUUUGCCUGUAUUGACUGGAACAAGCUCUAUAAUAAGGAAAUUGAACCACCUUUUAAGCCUGCAGUUUCCAAAGCUGAUGAUACUUUCUACUUUGAUCAAGAAUUUACCACACGAACUCCUAGAGAUUCUCCAGGUGUUCCCCCAAGUGCCAAUGCUCACCAGAUGUUCAAGGGAUUUAGCUUCGUAGCGCCGUUCCUAUUAGAUGAUCAAGUUGAUGGCGUUGAAAUAAUGCAGUCGCAGCCUGCAGAGAAAACCACACUUAGCAAGAGAUUAUCAGGAGUAAAAUCUAAUAGUAUACACGACGAGUAUGAAAUUUCUGAAGAGUUGGGAAGAGGCAGCUAUAGUAUUUGUCGACGUUGUGUUCACCGAGCAACUAGACAAGAAUAUGCUGUUAAAAUUAUAUCGAAGAAGACUCGGGACUGCCAAGAAGAAAUUGAGAUACUAUACAGAUAUGGACAUUAUUCAAAUAUUAUUUCUUUAAGAGAUGUUUAUGAAGACGAAUCACACGUGUACCUGGUGAUGGAGCUUAUGCGGGGUGGGGAGCUGCUGGACAAGAUCCUACGACAGAAAUUCUUCUCCGAGAGGGAAGCCUCGGCUGUGUUGCUCACCCUAACAAAUGCCGUCCAGUACUUGCACCAAAAUGGGGUAGUUCACAGAGACCUAAAGCCCUCAAAUAUUAUGUAUGCCGACAUCUCAGGAAGUCCAGAGUCACUGAGGAUAUGUGAUUUUGGGUUUGCCAAACAGCUUCGUGCAGAGAAUGGGCUUCUCAUGACUCCGUGCUAUACUGCCAAUUUUGUCGCACCUGAAGUCUUGAAGAAACAAGGGUACGAUGCUGCUUGCGACAUCUGGAGUUUAGGAGUGCUGCUUUACACCAUGUUGGCAGGACAGACGCCCUUCGCCCAGGGCCCCAACGAUACCCCUGAAGACAUACUCCAGCGUAUUGGUGAGGGCAAGUUCUGUGUCGACUCCGGCAACUGGGUCUCCGUCUCUCCUGCUGCUAAGGACUUGGUGAAGCAGAUGUUGCAUCUUGACCCGGGUCAAAGACUGACAGCCACUCAGGUAGCCAAUCAUCCCUGGCUCCUGCAUCGAGAGGCUCUUCCCAACCUUCGGCUACUUCUACAAGAUGCUUCUCUUGUCAAGGGCGCUAUUUCUGCCACCUACAGAGCCAUCAACCACUCUCCCCGCGCUCCCAACCUUGGACCAGUAGCAGCGUCGGCCCUUGCUCGUCGGCGCGGCAAGUCCCGGCCAAAGUCUUCAACGGAGGUCUGACAUCCGGCCUUUACUUGUCACCGUUCACAGCCUCGCCCCGAGAGUGAGGAUGCUGUAGCCAGGUCCCCUCAGCCAGAGUGGGUGGCCUCCUCUCCCAUCCAUGUGUCUCAUCCCUCGCAACGUGUCGAACAUUUCCAAUAUGCGGGACCAGCAGCGGAACCGGAGGCAUCGUGUUCCCAGGUGGCACCUCCCUGGCCACUCGGGUCCCAAGAUGCUGUCUCCAUAGCCUUUAAUCCCCAAAUAACAAGUCCCUCUACAAUGAUUCCUCAGGUCUCGAGUGCUCCUGCUGUUUCGUACCAGGAACAAAGCCUCACUAUGCCUCUUGAUUACCCAAAGGAGCAGCAGCCUCAGCAACAGUUGCACCCGAAGCAGCAGGAACAACAGCAGCAGCAGCAGGAACAGCAGCAGCAGCACCAGCAGCAGUUGCAACAGCAGAGUAGACAAAACAAAUCCCGACGUCGGUCCCAGCGUCGACACCGACGUCGUCGACGCACCACCACUACAGCGCCUUGAACUGUACGUCAACACACUGCCAUCAGACGAAGAAUAAGGGCCAGGUGGCAACCAGAGCCUUCAUGUGUGGUUCCAGUAAUUACAAAGUUCCUGCUGCAGUCGAUAACUACAUUUUACAUGAAUCAGUAUGCAGAGGCUGCAGUUCUAGGCCAAAUCUUUUCCAAUGUUUAAGUGACUGUUGGGCUCUUGAAAAAUGUUUGUGUCAUAAUGCUUCAAAUCCUGAAAGGCAACAAUCAAAUGGGUAAGAGAGCAAGGCAAGCGGAGCUAUGUGAAACAGGGCCACUUCUCGUCUUCAUUAGGGAUUUGUAGAGAUCAAUUACAGUUAGAGCAUGCUGACUGCUCUUUGUGGGGAAGACUUGACCAACGCGUGGGCCAUGGUAGCAGGUUGUCUUGCCCUCUGUCGAGUUCACAGUCGGUACCAUAUAUAUACGUCUUACAAGGCAUCCAACUACUUCUUGUGCUGUGAGAUUACAAAAUAAACUGAACAAUUUUGUAGCCUCGAGUAGGUAGGUGUUGAGCUAUUGCUGGAUACUACGCGCGCGCACUGAGAUUCAAUGGAGAUACACAGCCUGCCUCUUGCCUACGAAUUUUAUAUACCACUUGUGGCUAGUUAGGUGGGACUAAUGGUGAGGUACGAGUCACCAGUUAAGAAUGCCAUCCUUACGCAUAAUUUUCUAACUUUUAAGUGCAGCAGGCAAGUUGUGCAAAUGUAAAUUAUCACUAAUUUAAGAUUUUACUUACAAAUCUUCUGAGGCGGUGUGUAGUGAGAGCGUGAAGAGCGGCGCCUCCAAUCUCCACAGGAUAAGAACGCGUGCAAAUAAGAAAACAUAUACUCAGUAGUUAUUUCUUUACAUUGUUUCACAUUUGUUCUCAUUAAAGUUAGUUUAAAGAAAAAUAGUGUGUUCUUAUGGUGCCGACAGUCGUACGUCAUCAGAGGCAAGUAUUAACAACCUUAAGAUUACUUAAACACGUAUCGUUCAGUUACUCAAGGAUCUGCUAUGUUAAUACUACAGGUUGACAUCUUAAUACUUCCAUUCCUUUUUGUAUUCUUGGAAGGUGAUAACGAGGGCAUAAUUAGUGUGUGUGUGUGUGUGAGUGAGGACUACCAGUGAGUGAACGAGAGAGAGAGAGAGAGAGAGAAAAGGGGGGAUGGGAGGGAGGAAAGUGAGAGGACCAUCCAGGAAGCAACGAAUCCGCUGCACUGGACAUCCUCACAAGGUGUCGCACCCCCCAACCACUGUGCUGGCGUGUGCUAGUCAUUAUGUGUUCGGUCACCUGGUGCUCAUAACAACAGGUACCAAGAGUCCCCUACACUCUGUGUUGAGUUGUGCACUCAACUGGACGGCACCAGGUGCAACACACCUGGCGGAGUGUGUGUAGUGCAAGGGGACUUUUGGUCGAGUCGGCUGGCAGGAAGUGUUCAAUGCAAUCGUAUUUUUUAUAGCAGCUUUCAAUCUGUGUCAUAUUGAUGGAGUCUCGGCUACACCCCCAUAUUGUGUGCGUGUUCUGUAAAUAACCAUCAACCAGUCUGAUAUAUGUUGGAUAAAGUACAUAGGUGUAGUCUUGUGCUCUUUAUUUUGUCCCAAGAACGCAGAUGGAACUGUUAAUAUAUAAUCAUAUAGUUGUUUAUUCCAGUCUUAUUAUUGUUUAUUUCUUAAUCAAUUUUGUUGUUACCUGUACAUAUAGGAGGAGUAUUAAAUGACAUGGCUCUGUGAAACUCGCUUGCCAUUGCCAAUCUCUAAAAUAGUGUUCAGUCGAGGUACCUGCCGAGAUGUGUAUUUUUGAUGGCAAGUUGUAAAUUUUUAUAGGAUCCUACGGUAACUACGAUGCCCGUGCAAUGGCCAGCGCAGCGGGGUUCAACGUUCCUGGUGAGGUAGAAGGGUGUGUGGGGGGGGCUGGUUGAGGAGAAGACAUGACUGGCACCGAGGGAUAAUAGGAGUGUUGGUAUAGUUAUUGUUGCUAGUGGUGACCUGGUUCCUUGUUUUUGUCUUGAUACAUGUCUUUUUUUUUAUUUAAUGAUAUACGAGAAAUUUGUAAUCAAUAAAAAAAGCUAUUUUGAAACAAAGAAAUGUAUGAAGACUGAGCCCCACACACCAGAUGAUGAGACGACGACGUUUCGGUCCGUCCUGAACAAUCGUCAUAAUUGACUUGAUAAUGGUCCAUGACGGACCGAAACGACGUCGUUUCUUCAUCUUCUGAUGAGUGGUUUAAUUUUCAUAUCUCAAGCCACGUUAUUGUGACUCGUCGUCCGCAAGGAAACGUAGACUAUACAUUUCAGUCUGAAACUAGGAACCUCUUCAACCGUGAGUGAGAAUGACAGCUGUAGUUGCUUGUGUGGUGUCAAUCAGGUGUCCUGGGAAGAGGUGAAAACACUAACUAAUACUCUCCUGGUUAAAUAAUCUCUCACCAAAUCUGGUAAUAUCUCCGUAUGACGGGUCACCAGAUUUCAUGAGCAACUAUGUAACAAGGUUAUUACUUUAUGCUUGCACCUCUUCCCAGGACACCUGACUGCUGUAGCUACGUUUAUGGUGUUACUCUCGCUCACUGCUCAAGAGUAUCCUAGUUUCAGACUGAAAUAUGUUCCUUGUGCUUUCAAAAUAGUGGAUUAUGAAUAUUAUAUAUAUAUAUAAGUGUGUAUAGUGACCAGCCAACAAAGAUGAGAUGAUGUAAGUAAUCUCAAGGAGUACUUUGCAUAAAUGUUAAAAUAAAAUAAGUUCAAGACUUUAAUGAGAUUCAGUUGGUUACAUGGAAUCAAGGUAGCAACAUCAUAUAUUUUUAAUAUGUGUGUACGAGUGAACAAACUGUGGUUAGAGCGGAAACUCAGGUACGUUGUGGUUUAAAGAUUCAGGACUCGAGAAGUCUCUUAACAGCUUGCUUUCUAUCCUUAGUGAAAGCUGGAAACUUUCUGGGGCAUAAAGGCGCCCAAUUUUAUUAUGAGUGACAGAUAUCCUCUCCAGGUGUGCUCCAGGUGGCGUCCAGUGUACAUCACUUUAGCAUAAUCUUCUUACGAUAGUCAUUUUGGGAGAUCUGUUGAACAUGUUUAGUUUAUAUUUGAAUCCAGCGAGGGCUGCCCCGAUCCCUCCCUCCCUGCUGGGUCCUCAGUUGCCUGCCCUGAUUAUUUUGAAAGUUUAUUUUUACUGUUGCUAUUUAAAUGUAAUGUUCAGUUCCAAAUAAUAAAGAUACUUCAUAUAAAA